GCAUCAGCGGCGGCGCCAACGGCCUGGGGAUGCUCGUCGCUGGUCGUACCGUGCAGGGCCUUGGCGGCGGCGGUGUCAUGAUGCUCAUGGAGGUUAUUGUCAGCGACCUGUUGCCCCAGCGCGAGCGCGCACAGUAUCUCGGCAUCGUGCUGUCGACGGGCAGUCUGGCUGUGCUUAUCGGGCCCAUCAUCGGGGGCGCAUUUGGAACAGAGGCCACUUGGCGCUGGUGCUUCUACAUCAGCGUGCCCAUCGGCGGUAUUGGAUUCAUCCUUGCUGCCGCAUUCUUGCGCCUCAAGACUCCACAGCACGAUACCUGGACGAAGGCGAUUGCUCGCAUCGAUUUCCUCGGCAACUUCCUCUUCAUCGCGUCAACUUGCUCCAUGCUCGUGGGUCUGAUCAUGGGCGGUCAGCUGUACCCGUGGUCCUCAGCGCGUGUCGUCGUGCCGAUUGUGCUGGGCGGCAUCGGGUGGCUCGUCUUUGCGGGGCAGCAAGUCUCUCCGUUCUGCAAGGAGCCCAUUAUGCCCCCACGGCUCUUCUCAAACCGUACGGCAGUGACUGGCUUUAUCAAUAACUUCAUCUCGUGCAUGCUGCUCGAGUGGACGGUGUACUACUUGCCGUUCUACUUUCAAACGCUGAAAGGUUCCUCGCAACUCUUCUCUUCAGUGCAGGUGUUACCCUUCAAUGUGUUCCUCGUUCCCAGUGCCAUCAUCAACGGCGGUAUCAUGGCCAAGACUGGCAACUACAAGUUCCUGCAUUGGGCGGGCUUCGCAUUCUUCGCGUUGGCGUCGGGCCUUUUCUCGAGCAUGGACGAGACCACGUCGACGGUCAAGUGGGUCUUCUGGCAGUUCUUCGGCGCCUACGGGCUCGGCUCUCUCAUCAUGUCCAUCCUGCCCGCCAUCCAGUCGUCGCUGCCCGAGGCCGACGUGGCGAGUUCGACGGGAGUUCAUGCAUUCCUGCGCUCGUUCGGCUUCGUCUGGGGGUUCACCAUCCCGUCGCUCAUCGUCAACAACCAGGUCAACCGGAACCUGUAUCUGAUCACCGACCCAGAGGUCCAGGAGGCGGUGGCCGGAGGUGGUGCUUUCUCUGAAGCCUAUAGUCCUUUGCUCAAUUCACUGACGGGCGAGACGAAGACACAAGUGCUCCGUCUCUACACAGUGAGCUUGCAGACUGUCUGGUAUGCUGCUCUAGCAUUCAGCUUGCUCGGCUUCUUGCUCGUUUUCGUCGAGAAGCAGCUCAAACUCAGGGAGAGUCUGCAAACCGAAUUUGGCUUGGAAGAGGAACAGAAACCGGAGACAAAAGAGUCGGUCUGAGGUAGCUCUAUGGUUAUGUCUGCGGGGCCUGGCGUCGAUGUGUGGAAUGUCAUGUUAGCCGCAGUACAGCAAGCGCUUGAUCGGAUGUCAGGGCUGCUCUAAAUAGUGAAAUUCCUUACAAAUG